AUGGACAGCUUCAAACUGGGUGUAGGGGAGGCGUGUGGAAGGGAACAGGGGAAAUUCUAUUGCACAAGUGGAAGGUGUUCCACUCAUCCAAUAUUUGAAGCACUGAGAGAGAGAAAUAAUUAUCAUCUUUCCCUCCCAGGUUCUGCACCCGAGCAGCCCCCGCCCCCAACCCGCCCCUAUCAAGGCGUCCGUGUCAAAGAGCCCGUAAAGGAACUCCUAAAGCGAAAGCGUGGCAGUGUUCAGAAUGCAAACGUGGCCACUGCUGGGGCAGCGACGACGGUAUUUUUCCCCCAUCAGCCUGUCCCUUCCUAUUCACCCACUGGCCAAGUCUGCACAGAUUCGGAUUUUGUCACUUCUGCACUGCCAGUGAUGGAUGAUGGGUCGCUGUAUUCCGGGUGGUUAACACAACCUUCUCCAGCCUCUCUGCAGCCUUUGACCCAGUGGACCACCUACCCAGAUUAUGUCUCCCAUGAAGCUGUCAGCUGUCCUUAUUCAGCAGACAUGUAUGUCCAGCCCGUGUGCCCAAGUUACACACUCGUCGGAACGUCUUCCGUGCUCACUUAUGCAUCUCAGCCACUGAUCACAAACUUUGUGGCAAGACCCACUUCCACACCAGCUGUUGUGCCUCACUUGGAUGUCAUGGACCAGCAAGCUCCUCUGAGCUACUUCCCAUGGACUCAGCCAAUCUCAACAUUACCAGCGCCGUCCCUGCAGUACCAACCAGCUUCAACCACCCUCCCUGCACCCCAGUUUCUACCUCUUCCCGUUUCAAUCCCAGAUCCGGUCCCCGAGGAGCUGGAGGACUCAAGGAAGGAAAUGGGCCCCCUGACCAUCGAGAAGCUUCUUCUGCAGGAUGAAAACAACGGCACAUACGAUCUGAGCAACAGCCUCCCGGUCGAAGGCCUUUAAAGCCAGAGUUUCGGCAUACAGGGAUAGCUUGAAACGUCUCAAGUCUUUGUGGCUCAAGGACAACCCAGCUCUCUCUCUCUGCGUCUCUCCUUUGGGUGUGAAAACCUGGUCUGUCUUCUGUGUGCUGAGCCCCUUUCCAUAUUGCGUAUGCAGAGAAAUGGCGGUUUAUCGGGGCAGUUCUUCAGCACCCGUGUUUUGGCAAAAGAAAUACAGCAGCCCAGCCCCACAAGUAGGAAUACCACACUGUUUGCUUCUAGAUGGUGGAAUAAAGCGCAGAAACAGGGAAACAGUGGUAAGGCAGGCCACAACAACCCUAUUUCAGCUUAAGUACAAUCCGGGGAGCCCCACAGCACCUUAAUUCGUAUGGCUAAGCACCCACCCAGUUCCAUGAGUGGCUCAGGAGGCUGCCUGGAACUUGGAAACUGAACAGGUGCUGCUUAUAGGCUUCUCUAGAAAAAUCUUUCAAGGGGGCAAGGAGCAGACGGGGACACGUUUCCCUUGCAAGGUGUGGCUCUUAGCUUUGUACCUUAGGCUGAAUUCAACUGGGGGUUUCUGUGCCCAUUCCCACUCACACCCCUCUCCCUCCAGGCAAGUGACAGUUGUCACACGCUAAGAAGAAGUGCUCAAGGAAGGUGUGGAGUGUUGCUAGCGUAAGGGGAAGGUGUGGUCUGGGCAGAGUCCCAAGGGGCAGACAAAGAGGCCUGAAAGGCCACAUUUGACUCCUGGGAUGGAAGUCCCUCACCUGUAGAUCAAGGGCUUAUUCACACUUUUAUCUGUGCUGCAAUUUCUAUUGGUCCAUGAUUUGUAGGCAUGGGCGGUUUUUUGUUUUGGCCACACCGCUGCGUUCCCUGAGCAAACCCACUGUUUAUCACUGGAUCAGAACAAACAGAAGUUCAUGGAAAACCUAACGUUUGUUCCAGUUCAGCAGUAAACAUUGGUUUUCCAGGAGGGAGCAGCAAGAUAAUAAACCCCCAAAACUGUUCGGACCUGUGCCUAGAAAUCACGGCACAAACAGAGCCCCAAGUGCUCACACCAGUCAUUCACAACCUGGCACCCUCCUCUAUAACUCCCUUCAGCUGUGGCCAUUGGGUUGUGUUGACUCGGGAUGAUGGGAGUUGUAGUCCAAAACAUGUAGAGGGUGCCACGUUGGGAAAGGCUCAUUACAUUCCUUUCCCUCAAUCCGUUAAAGAUGCACAUUCUUCUGAGAUUCGCUCAGCCCUUACAAAACCUAUUUAGAAAUAUCCUGUCAUAUUAAGUGUCUUUUGUCAAUUAUCUCUUGAAACACUGGAUUAUCACAAGCUAUUCAGGGUAGAGCCAAUAAAAAAUUACAAACCCAAAUUAGGCAUGUCUAUUAACUUCAGUGGGGGCGCGGGUGGCACUGUGGGU